AUGACUGCACCGUCCACUCCAGACAAACACACCGCUUCCUCCUCUUCGCCGCUCUCGUCCUCCCAGUCAACCGCAGCAACAACAGCCGAACGCGUCUCGAACGCGACAGAGGCAAAGAUGGACGUGGACGACGCGACGACUCCUUCGAAGGCGUCGGGCUCGAAGGCGGAGGGGGAGGUGCUUACGCUGGAUGACAGCAGCGACGCGGAGAUGGGCGAGGUUAAGGAGACGAAGGGCAAGACGGGCAAGGGAAAGGAGAAGGACGCGGGAAAGGGGACUAAGAGGAAGAGCGAAGCCUCCUCCUCUGCUCCCUCCGCCAAGAAGUCGAAACCCUCGACGUCCAAGUCCGCAAAGGCGUCGUCCUCAACGUCGAAGAAGGCCGACGACGACGACAAGAAGCUCGUCGUGCUCAAGGGCAACAAGUUCGUCGUGAAGCAGAAGCCGAUCGACGUCCAGAGCAUGGCGAGUUUCCUGCGUGAUCGAGCCGACUUUAUCGACUACGCAUGCAAGCUCUUCCGCGACGAUAAGUCGAACACGCUCUCCGACUAUCCCGAGGAACACCAUCCGUUCAUCGCCAAGCUGAUCCACGAAUCCGACAAGACUCUCGGCAGUCUCGCUUUGAAGAUUAAGGCCGAUCUGAAGAAGUGGAUCUUUACGCACCUGACGGCCACGGCGGAGGACUCGCAGGACGGGAACGAGCUGGACGAGGCUGGAGUAGCCGAACGCAUCCCCGUGGCCCCUCUCAAGACCCUCAUUUCCACCCUUGCGACCCGCAUGAACUACGGCCUCUCCCUCUCCUCCCUUCCCUCCGACUACACCCUUCCGAAAGACGCCGAAGGAGCCGAGCUUUCCGAGGUUCCUUCGCUCCUGCAGCAUUGGGUUUGGGAGGUCGAGGACGAGGAGAUGUGGGUGCAGGAGAUGAAGGGGAAGUGGGAGAAACGGAAGGCUGAGCGGGAGGAGAUCAAGUCGACCUGCCUCUCGCUUUUCCUCGCCCUCCCAGAAGCAGAACAACACGCUCUCCUCCUUGGCACCUCCUCCUCCUCGAAGGCAAGCUCGUCGACCGCCAAGAGCAAUGGGAAGGGCAAGGCCAAGGCUCCGGACGCUGACGACGAGGGAGAGGAGAAGGAGAAGAAGGGCGGCGCGAAGGAGAAGAAGCCGGUCAAGGAGAAGAAGCCGAAGAAGGAGAAGGUGCUGACGGAGGAGGAGAUCAAGGAGCGCGAGGAGAAGGCCCGCGUAAAGGCUGAGAAGGAGGCCGAGAAGGAGGCGAAGCGCAAGGAGCGCGAGGAGAAGCGUGCCGCAAAGGCGGAGAAGGAGGACGAGAAGGCUCGCAUCAAGGCGGAGAAGGAGGCCGAGGAGAAGAAGAAGGCUGAUGUUGCCAAGAAGCAAAAGAGCAUGUUCACAAGCUUCUUCGUCAAGAAGUCGGCGUCGCCUGCGCCUGUCGAAGCUGGUCCUUCGUCGUCGCCGGCCAAGUUCUCCUCGACGUGCGACUUCGACCGUGUCUUCCACCCCUUCACCGUCCGCGACCGCGUCACCGUUGCGCCCGUCAACCGCUUCCUGCACGACGGCAAGAAGGUCGACGUCAAGAUCAACAGCAUGCCCGAGUUGACGAAGGACGCCGCCCUCGCUCCCCUGACGACCUCCCACCGCUACCGCAGCCACACGCACAACCUCUACCCCUCGCCGCCCUACAUCGUCCGCGAUACCGUGCAGAAGAUCAACGACGCUUCGCUCACGACGCAGGACACGAGCGAGUUGUAUGAUCUGUUGAACGACAGGUUGAAGAUCAAGGUCAAGUUGCUCAAGUUCCAUGAGGACUUGAGGCCGGGAUAUGUUGGAACCUGGACUAAGACGUCGGUGAUGGUCGGCGCUCGCAAUCCGCUCGGCCGCGAGACCUUCCACCUCAACUACGACGUUGACUCGGAGGCCGAGUGGGAGGAAGAGCCUGACGACCCCGACGCCGAAGACAUCGGUUCGGACGGCGGCGAAGACGACGUCGAUGGCGAGGCGGGCGAGAACAGUGACGCGGAUUCGUGGCUUGCUGAGGACGACGAGAUCGAGUACGAGGAGGGAUACGACGCGGAUGGCGAUAUGGUCAUGCAGGCUGCGGAGAACGGAGGCCGCUUGCCUGGUGAGGAGGAUGACGAUGUGGUGGUCAUGUCUGACCCGCAGGCGGAGAAGGAGCGCGAGGCGAAGAAGAGGAAGGCUGAGAAGGAGCGUAGGAAGAGGAAGGGCCUCGAUGGACCGAUCCUCCCGCUCGUCAAGGGCCUUAUCUGGCAGGAGGACGUGGACACUGUCGCGGAACCGGUGUUCAAGUCGAUGAGGAUUCACUUCCUCAACGACGCCUCGUUCGGCCUCAACCCGUUCACGUUCGUCUCGAAGCCGAGGAUCAUCCCGGCAGUGCACGCUGCGACUGCUACCUCGUCCGCCUCGAAGGGCAAGGAGAACGUCGCCAUCGGCGCUGUUGCCGCCGCCGUUCCCUCCGACAAGGUCGGUAUCGUCGCCCCGUCGUCGCUCGCGAACGGCACGGUCAACACGCUCAAGGCGAAGCGCGCGGGUCCGAAGCAGCCGUUCCCCGAAGACCAGGUCGCCGCCUUCCUUCGCCACGUCCACGGCUCGACCAAGACGAGGCCGGUCCUCCUCGACGAGUUUGUCAGCUUGAUGAAGGAGCAGAACACGCCUAUCAAGAAGAACACGGUCGAGGCCAAGCUGAAGGAGCUCGACGUCAAGAAGGUCAAGGGCGCCAACAUUGUCGACGCCGCUCUCCUCGCCCAGUACGGCAUCAGUAGCAGCGCCUGA